CAUAAUAACAACAGACUCUUCAGUGUUUCUCUUCAGUUCGUCUGGCGCUUCACUUAAAGUAAAGUUGUAGUGACUUUUUAAAGUCAUGGCUCUGCUGAGCGUGUGUCAAUCCGCCUUCGCGGUUCUCCACCACAUUGAGCCGAUCAUCGUGCUCGAGCAGCUGGGCAACUGUCUAUUUGACACCGCGCUGCAGCUGGUGGUCAAAGACCGGUGCGCGAACAUCUCUGAUCCCGGCGUAUCUCCGGAGCAGAGUCAGCAGAAAGCCAUGGCCGACUUCUUCAUGAACUACAACCUCAUCAUCCGACUCGUCCCCAUCUUACCCGCGCUGCUGCUCGCCAAACUCAGCGACCGCGGCUGGAGGAGAGCCCCCAUCGUGGUGCCUCUCGGCGGGUACCUGCUCUCCAGGAUCGUCCUGCUCCUGGUGCUCCUGUUCGGGCUGCCGCUGCAGCUCAUGUACGGGGCCGCGGCUCUCUUCGGUGUCUCCGGAGGAUUCUGCGCAUUCUGGCCGGGAGUCAUGACGCUGGUGUCGCUGAAAUCCACAGCCACGGACCGAUCCAAGGUGAUGAUGAGGGUGGAGCUGCUGUACGGAGCAGCAGGUGUUGUGGGCAGUUUAGUGUCAGGUCAUCUGUUCCUGUUGUACACGGUCAAGCUGGGACAAGGAGUCAUUCUGCUCAUCGUGAGUUCACUCAUUCACCUGCUCAUCCUCAUCCUCUCCAUCGUCCUGCUGCAGGUGAAACAAGUGUCAGAGGACAGUCACCUCCUGUCUCACAAUAACGAUGAUGAAGAGGAAGAUAACGACGCCGUCAAUGUUCCUGUUGCGAUCAACAAGGUCAACGUGGUUCUUCUGUUCGCCGCCGCCAUCUUGUACGACUUUGCAGUGGGCGGAGCCGUAGAGAUACUGGGCAUCUUUGUGUUGAAAGAGCCACUCAGCUGGACGGCCACGCAGGUGGGUUAUGGAAACGCAGCGGGCUGCACCAUCUUCCUCACCAGUUUCCUCGGCGUCAUGCUGUUUCGCCGCUGCUGCAGCGACGUCACGCUCAUCCUCAUCGGCAUGCUGUCGUUCGCCACGGGAAUCUACUUCAUGUCCUUCGUCACGGCAACGUACAUGUUCUACCUCGCUCGAUCACUCAACCUUUUCGCUCUCAUCCCGAUACCGACGAUCAGAUCUCUGCUCUCACAGCAGGUGCAGUCGUCCUCGUAUGGCACCAUCCUCACGUACCUGCAGUUGGCUCUAAAGUUUGCAGGUCUGGCCUACAUCCCUGCCUUCACUAAGAUCUACCAGGGGACACUGGACUGGUUCCCGGGCUGCGUCUUCAUGCUGGCCAGUGUCUUCACGGUCCUGGCAAUGAUUCCCAUCAGCGUCCUGGGCUGCAGAUCACCUCACAGACGUCGCUACAAGAGGAUUCAGGGAGACUGAUUUCACACUGAUGCAACAGGAAGUGAAACAUGGAACAAGGGAAAACAAAAAAGUGGGGGAGACUCACUUCCUUUAACUAUGAGGAGAGGAGUUUGUAAACUUUAGCUGUUCACUUUUGUUUACAAGAUACAAGAGGAUUUUUAUGAACCUGUGAUGCUGCCGCUGUGGGUUUGAAACGCAACGUGACCUUUCAUGACCCCAGCACUUGAAGACAAACUCUGACCUCAGUCCAGAGGGUCUCACAGCGGUCACAGCGGUCAGUGACCCGGUCACAACAGCAACACACCCUCUGUGAUUUCGACAUAAUGUAGACUUUGUGGUGAAGACGUCACACACAUAUUAAAAAAAGAAAGUCCCUGAUGAGACACACAGUGAACCACUGUCCUAAUCCCAUGUGUUUCGGCCUCCACUACACUAGGUGGCAGUAUUUCCCCCAAAAAUAUUCCAUUCUUUAAGGUUUAACAGAGCAUAAAAACACAGUUUCUUGCCAUGUUUUUCUUGGAUGUGUUCAUCCGACUCUUGAAAUUCAGUUUAGUGCAAGUUUAACACACAUUUGCACUUAUUUUACACAAUUUAGCCCAAGUUUAGCACAUGUUUGCACUUAUUUUACAGUCUGAUUUUAGCCCAAUCAACACAAUAGAUCAGUUUUUUCAUGAUUUCAUGCAUGAUUUUUAUUGUGAUUUCUGUUCUGUUGUUUGUAACAGAACUCCACCUCAAAUACUUUGUUCUUUUUAAAAAAUAUGACUGAGUGGGACUAAAACUCUACACAGUCGCCCAGUAAUUCUCCCCAAAUGAUCGAUGAACAAGCAAACAAACUGUAGACAACAAAGUUUGAACACAAUCAACCCAGAUUAAAAUCACAUAAAAACAGAGCGUCAGCUGAAGGUGCUGACUCUCUGGAGACAUGAGGACAAAGUGAGCAGCGGCUCUCUCUCCUACUUUUAUUUCCUCAGACCGAUGAUUGACCGCAGCUGUGAGAGCGACACAGGUGCAGCCGAUAAUCUGCUGAUUAACAAACAAAACCUGACACCUAGAAACUGGAUUAUGAUUCAAAAACAGUCCAUCCCUGCUGAUUGUUUUAGUCUGAUGUAAAGACUAAAAUAUGUUAUCUUUAUUAUUAAGGAAGUUACUGUUUGUAACUAGCUUUUUUUUAAUCUGUUUUAUAUAUUAGUUUGCAGAAUUAUGCUAAAAUCUGGGAUUAAAGCCAUUAACUACAAGUGCAGAAUAUGGAUUAAGGGGCAGCUCUAGAUUAGAAUAAAAAAUCAACAACAUGUACUUUAUGGUAUUUUUAGGUGACCUUGAAACCUGCCGGUCAGGAAAUGCUGGAGAUUUUCAUUUAAAAUUACAUUUUUGGAACUUUUGAAACACGUUUACGCAUUGAUACAUAGUUUUUUUUAAAGCACUUUGAUCUGUUUUGCUCUGUUUUAAUGUUUUACUCUGUUUAAACUGAGCACAGUUUGAUUGUUGUGUGUUUCAGUGUAAUAAUCCAUGAAGUAACAGUUAUUACACACGACAGUGAAGCUGAAGGGGAAAAAACACAGUUUACAUUAUCAUCACUUUCAUUUUAAAGCACAUUUUUAUGAUUCUGUAAACAUUUUGCACUGUCACGUUAAUGUCACUGCUCCUGUGACUACAUCGUUUUAUGUUUUGGGGUAAAAGGAUUUUUUUAAGUAUAUAGUAAUAAUAAAUCAUUGCUUUUCUUUUUGUAAUAAAUGUUUUUCACUCA